GCCCCUCAAAUGACGUCACCUCGGUGGACCUGUUUCAGCGCGACAACGCGAAGGAGCACCGCACCUUCAAGUACGACAUUCUCGACAAGAACAAUCCCUCGCUGGUCAUUCGCCGCGGCGACCCCUUCUUCAUGGCCAUUCAACUGCGCAGCGCCUACGAUCAAGAUAACAACAAAAUUCGACUCGAGUUUCUCUUUGGAACCAAUCCUCAACUGGGCAAGGGCACCCUCGUCUACCUGCCGAUCACCAACAGCAAGGACUUCACAAAGGACCCCAGCAAGUGGGACGCCCGGGUGCGCAACGUCGACGGCGCCCGGAUCACCCUGCAGGUGCGCAUUCCCGCGUCGGCCGCCGUGGGCGUCUGGCGCCUGCGCGUCUCCACCAAGCCGCAGGGCUCUCGCGACAUCAAGACCUUCGAGGUGAACAACAAGAUCUACCUGCUCUUCAAUGCCUGGAAUAAUGACGACACCGUGUACCUGGGCGACGAGGUGAAGCGCCAGGAGUACGUGCUCAAUGACAUUGGCAAGAUCUACAUUGGCUCGCACUCAAAGCCGAAGGGAAGGCAGUGGAUUUAUGGACAGUUUGAAGAGUCCGUCCUGCCGGCGGUGAUGUUCCUGCUGGACAAGAGUCGCCUGGACUACGCCGCCCGAGCGAACCCGGUGAAGGUGGUCCGCUCGGUGGCCGCGCUGGUCAACUCGCACGACGACAAUGGCCUCCUGGUGGGCAACUGGUCGGGCAACUACCACGACGGCAAUGCGCCCUGGCAGUGGACGGGCAGCGCGCCGAUCUUUGAGCAGUACCUGCGCUCCAACGGCGAGCCGAUCAAGUUUGGCCAGUGCUGGGUCUUUGCGGGCAGCACCACGACGAUGUCCCGGGCCUUGGGCAUUCCCGCGCGGACCAUCACCAACUUUGUCUCUGCCCACGACACGGACGACAGUCUGACGGUGGAUAAGUUUUUCACCAAGUCGGGGGAGGCGAUCUCCGAUGUGAACUCGGAUUCCAUUUGGAACUUUCACGUCUGGACGGAUGUUUGGAUGUCGAGACCCGACCUUCCUCCUGGCUACGGUGGUUGGCAGGUGAUUGACGCCACGCCCCAGGAAUCGAGUGACGUCAGUAAUCUCUAUCAGAUGGGCCCAGCCUCGUUGGAGGCGAUCAAGCGCGGAGAGGUCGGCCUGCCAUUUGACGUGCCCUUUGUCUUCGCGGAGGUCAACUCGGACGUUGUGCACUGGCAGCUGGACGAGAGCAGUGAGCUGGGCUGGAAGAAGAUCAAGACCAAUCGAUACCAUGUCGGACGAAAGUUGUUCACAAAACGCGCCGGCAUCGACUCGGACUACAAUGGCAUCUCUGACGCGGAGGACAUCACCGACCUGUACAAGUUCAAGGAGGGCACUGAAGAGGAGCGAAUGGCGGUGCUCAAUGCCGCAAGAGGCGCCGGCCUCUCCUUCCUCUUUGAGAUUCCCGCGCCGGGGAAGGAGGACGUCGAGUUCGACCUGCUGGACAUUGAGAAGGUGGUCAUCGGCAAUCCCUUCUUCAUCCAGGUGGAGAUGGCCAAUCGGGUGGGCAGUCUGCGCACGGUGACGCUCUCCCUCAACGCCAACAGCUUCUACCAGACGGGCAUUCUCGCCAAGAAGAUUAAAAACGAACGGCACAUCAUUCGCCUGAAGCCGUAUCAGA